CCAUGGCUGCGCGCAAGGACUCCUCGGCUCACAAACAUAGCGCGUCGCCAGGGCAACCGCGCGGCCCCGCCCCCGCCGCUCGCCGGAAGGAGGGGGCCGGGGGCGGGGCGGUCGGCGAAGGUCCGGCCUUUCCUCAACUUUGUGCCUGUUGCUGUUGAGGCGUUCGAGAGGCUGGAGAGGGCGCGCGGGCGGCCGCCACCAGCGACGAGCUUCGGAGAAAAGGAACAGGGACCCCACGCCUAGCGUGCGUCAGCGUGGUUCGCCGCCGCCGCCCCCCUCAUCCACGGACCUCCCCUGGGACCCCAAGCCCAGGGUCCUCCAGCGCGGUAGUCGCCUCCAGUCAGCGCCUGAUUUCACCGCAGAUCGCCUUUCCGGGUUGCCGCGCAGCCAGGUUGGGGCCAGCCGGCCGGUUGCCCGGGUAACGCGGGAGUCAGUCCCCGGGCGCGGGCACUUCGGGGCCGCGGCCUUCCCGGGAGAGCGGGAGUAGGGCGAGCACCUGUGCGCGGUUCCCCGCGGGGAAGGCCGCCCGCCCGCCGCUGUCCCGAACGCGACCGUCGCUGCGGAGGCCGAGCCGUCCCGCGCCGCCGAGCGUCCUUGCCAUGAAGCCCAACUUCUCCCUGCGACUGAAGGUCUUUAACCUCAACUGCUGGGGCAUUCCCUACCUGAGCAAGCACCGGGCCGACCGCGUUAAGCGCCUGGGAGACUUUCUGAACAGGGAGAGCUUCGACCUAGCUCUCCUGGAGGAGGUGUGGAGCGAGCAGGACUUCCAGUACCUGAGGCAGAAGCUGCUCCCCGCCUACCCAGCAGCACACUACUUCAGGAGUGGCAUCAUUGGCAGUGGUCUCUGUGUCUUCUCCAAACACCCAAUCCAGGAAUUCACCCAGCACGUCUUCACCCUCAAUGGCUACCCCUACAUGAUCCACCACGGUGACUGGUUCUGUGGGAAGGCCGUGGGGCUGCUGGUGCUCCGUCUGGGUGGAUUGGUGCUCAACGCCUACGUGACCCAUCUCCAUGCCGAGUACAAUAGACAGAAGGACAUCUACCUAGCACAUCGUGUGGCCCAAGCUUGGGAACUGGCCCAGUUCAUCCACCACACGUCCAAGAAAGCUGAUGUGGUUCUAUUGUGUGGGGACCUCAACUUGCACCCAAAGGACCUGGGCUUCCGCCUGCUGAAGGAGUGGACGGGACUGCAGGAUGCCUAUCUGGAGACUCGGGACUUCAAGGGCCCUGAAGAAGGCUGUACGAUGGUACCGCAGAACUGCUACGUCAACCGGCAGGAGCUAGAGCAGUUCCCCUUGGGUAUCCGUAUUGACUACGUGCUUUAUAAGGCGGUGUCUGGGCUAUACAUCUUCUGUAAGACUCUCAGAACUACUACAGGCCACGAGCCUCACGGCGGCAGCCCCCUCUCCGAUCAUGAGGCGCUGAUGGCUACUCUGUGUGUGAGACACAGCCCCCCCCAGCACAACCCCAGCCCUACCCAUGGACCAGCAGAGAGGUCUCCGCUGAUCAGUGUGCUACGGGAGGCCUGGACAGAACUGGACCAGGGCAUGGCUCAAGGUCGCUGGUGGGCCACCAUCGCUGGCUACGUGAUUGGUCUAGGGCUUCUUCUCCUGGCGUUGCUGUGUGCCCUGGCAGCUGGAGGAGAGAUCAGGGAAGUUGCUGUACUGCUCUGGACCCCCAGUGUAGGACUGGUGCUGGGGGCGGGUGCAUUCUAUCUCUUCCACGUGCAGGAGGCCAAGGGCUUGUGUCGGGCCCGAGCUGAGCUCCAGCAUGUGCUGGGAAGGGCAAGGGAGGCCCAGGACCUGGGCUCAGAGUCCCAGCCAGCCGGGCUCCUGGGGCAGCAGGAAGUAGACAGAGCAGAGGAACAAUAAAGCUUGACACUUUGGUG